AUGACAUCGAGAUGUUUGCAGUUACUGCUGAUGGCCUUGCUCAGCUGUAGCUUUUUCUUCCUCGUCCGCCGUCCCAAUGAGAUCAAGCUCCACAACCUCAAGUCAUUCGACCCCCGGGUACUCGUGCGAACCGGCGCAGACAUGUUCCUCCAGGAUCCACAGGAUCACAGCACCAAAUGUGGAGCAGAGGACCCCAAGGCGGCAUACCGGCCCCCAAGUCGACACCAGCUGCUACGCUUCCAGUCCCCGAUUCCACGCAAGGACGCGGAGAUCGACGACCAGGAUUUCUGUCCGCCCGCGGGUCCCGGCCGACGUGCCACGGCGAUCCUGAUCCCAAUCGGUCGGGGGCUCGAGCCCUGGGAGGCCGACGACAGCCGCUCGCGGACUUUCUUCCUCCGGAAAGAGGACGGUGGGACCGAGCCACAGAAGAGCGACAUCGGCUUCCUGCCCUUCCGACCCAUGUCCGCCGACGACGCUCGUCUGGCCCGGCCCCCACGUCUGGAGACCAACAUGACCGACAAACACCGUUGUCCGGUCUAUUAUGUUCCCGCUAGCCCGCUCUUCAGCCCCAUCCCGCCCCUCAAGAACCUCGCCGAUGGAUCCCGGGACCCACACAACGCCUUCCAAGUCAUGCUCCAACGUCUUCGAGACUUCGGUUCUUCACUAGCCCCACCUAAGCUCUUCGGCCCAAGUUGCAACAGCCGUCAACACAGUCAGAGUGAACUAGCACUCUGGGAACGACGUGGAUACUCUGAAUUCAUGUUUGGAUUUGCCACCACGCCCACUCGUGCCCUCGACUUCAUACCUCGCUGGUCUGAAUGGCUUCCCUCCUCGGUCCCCCCAGCGGGCGACGACCCGGCAGACAAAUGGCGGGCAACUAGCGCCAAGUCCCAGCCGCUCCGUCGACUGACUGCUAGCGCCGUCGUCCUCAUCCCGCCCAAGGAAGAACUCGACCAAGCUUGGGAGGUCGAAAGCGCUGCACGAGGUGCCGGCCUUGAUAUCACUCUCAAGGAACUUCCUGCCGAUAGGUUCGAGAGACGGUACAUGAGUCUGGUCCAGGAAAUGUGGAAGGAGGCCCAAACAAGAGAACGGCUUGGAGCUCCAAUUGUCCAAUGGUUCACACUUGCCGACGACGACACGUAUUUCCUGUCGCUCGACUCAGUGGCUCGGAUGCUCUCGAAAUACAACCCUGUCGAGGCGCACUUCAUCGGCGGCCAGAGCGAGUCCGAGAACGCCAACAAGGCCUUUGGGAACAUCGCCUUCGGGGGUGCCGGAAUAUUUCUGUCCCGAGGACUGAUCCAGCAAAUGAACGAGCCGGGCACAUUUGACAGUUGUGUUUCGCUUUUCGGGAAAGAGUUCGGCGGCGAUGGGAUGAUUACCAAGUGUGCUGCAAUGGUCAUGCAUCGGGAUGUUCAACAAGUCGUGACGAGAGAGACUACGCUUCACCAAUUAGAUAUCCGAGACGAAGGGCAUGGGAUUUUCCAAGCCGGUUGGAGGUUCACCUCGAUUCACCAUUGGCGCUCAUGGUUCCAGCUCCAGCCUCGGGCCCAUCCAUACACCCUGAAGAACCCAGCCACACUAGCAAGUCUCCUGGGAAGUGCAGCCCGGGCGGUCGGGCCGGAGAAUUGGACGCGACGAUACGUCUGGGGGCUGCCCCCGCCGGACCAGAACGCGGGCGUGAGUAAGACGCCGAGCGUGGUGCUCUCACUGGGAUACUCGAUCACCGUCCAUGGCGCCGGGAUCCUCAAAUCGACGGACCUCGACCAGGUCGAGAUGACUUUCGCGCUCAGCAAGCUCACCUCCUCCACCAGACCCGCCUUGCUCGAAACCAAGCAGCGUCGCACAUAUUACCUCUAUGAUCUCAAGACCGGCUAUUCCAACGCAGACCAGACCGACCUCAACCUCCAGCCUGAUGUCGCCAUCAUGUCUCAUAUCAACCAGGAGGGAGAAGUCGUUGAUCUCGUCUGGGAUGGUAGGACCAGAACUUCAAAAUCACUCACCGACACCGCAUAUACCGAUAUCGGCCUCGGACCAAAUUAG